AUGUUUACCGGACUUGUGGAGAAAAUCGGCACUGUGCUCGAGUACAACGAGCUUGACAAGUCGUCUUCAGGCGGCAAUGGUGUUUCCAUGGUCAUUGGCGACUGCAGCGAGAUUCUUGUGGAUGUCCAUUUGGGUGACUCUAUCAGUACCAAUGGAGUGUGUCUCACGGUGACUGAGUUUGACGAGAAAAAGACAUACUUUAAGGUUGGCGUUGCUCCCGAGACGUUGAGAAGAUCCAACUUGGGUGAUUUGAAGGUGGGUUCUCCUGUGAACUUGGAGAGAGCUGUGACCUCUGAAGUCAGACUUGGAGGUCAUGUCGUUCAAGGCCAUGUUGAUACCGUGGCGACAAUCACAAAGAAGCAGACUGACGGCAAUGCCAUUACUUUCACGUUCCAGCUUCGUGACCGUGAAAACAUCAACUACAUUGUGGAGAAGGGCUUUAUCGCUGUGGAUGGUACUUCACUUACGGUAACGCAGGUGGACUACGCCACAGCUGAGUUCCUGAUCAUGUUGGUGAGCUACUCGCAAGAAAAGGUCAUUUUGGCCAAGAAGGAACAGGGCGGUUCUGUGAACAUUGAGGUGGACUUCACUGGAAAGUUGAUGGAGAAGCAGAUCGAGUUGACCCUCGAGGGCCAGCUCAAGAAGGAGAACUCUCCCUUGGUCAGAUUGAUCGAGGGUAUCGUUGAGAAGAGGCUUGCGGGAAGUAAGUGA